CUAAUCAACAUGGUUCUCAUCACAGCUACCACCUUGGCCAAUUGCCUGCUUCUGACUGCAAGUGUUGCUCAAGCAGCCACUGAUCCAACACAACAGCUUGGUGGAAACAGCCCUUGGUUCCCAGGCCCCGACGUCAACGACAUUCCAUACGAGGUCCCAGAUGGCUGCUCUGUCGAUAUGGCGGCCUUCGUGUCUCGCCACGGCUCCAGAUACCCAGACACAGGCGCCUAUAACGGGUGGGUAGCACUCGCAGCGAAGAUUCAUGCUGCUCAAUUCACUGCCACGGGUGACUACAGCUUCAUCUCAUCAUGGGAGCCUGUACUCCGCAAUCCGGCUGCUGAGAUUGCAGAUAUCUCUAUAGGAGGAUACAAAGAACUGUAUGACAUGGGUGUCUCUUAUCGCUGGAGAUAUCCUGAUUUCUACACCGAAAACAACCCCUUCUCAGUCUUUGCCAAUCAAUAUCCCAACGCACCUAGAGUCAUCAACUCCGCGAGACUCUUUGCUAGAGGAUACCUGGGCCCCAACACUACCUAUGGAGAUGUCUAUGUGCUCAAAUCUAAUGUCCCGGAAUCUGUCGCCAACUCUCUUGCUCCUUCGGACUCUUGCCCAACAUACAGUGAUAACGGUGGUGGUGACAACCUCACCACCUGGAACAACUUGUAUCUACCUGCUGUCACCAAGCGCAUCAAUAGCCACAUCAAAGGCAACUUCAACUUCACUGACUCUGACGUCCAAAACUUCCCCUACUUGUGCGGUUUCGAGACGCAGAUCACUGGCCGUAGAUCGCCAUGGUGUAAUGUCUUUACUGAUGAUGAACUCCGCAAGUACGAGUACGCACAGGACCUGCGCUACUACUACGGUUCUGGCCCAGGCUCUGGAAAGAACUACACGUUGAUGCAACCAGUCCUCAAUGCCAUCGUCCAGAGACUUGUCGAUGGCCCUAACAAGACAUACGUCAACAGUAACGGCCAGUCAUGGACUCCCGGCCCGCUCAUCCCCAUGUUCACCAACGAUGGUCAGAUCAAUCAGCUGGCCGCCGAGAUUGGUGUUUUUGAUCAGCAAAAGCCUUUGCCCAGCACCAAGAUUCCCAGUGACCAGGUACCAACUCCUUGNAUCUACAUCGCUAGCCACUAUGUGACCAUGCGUGGUACCAUUGGCUUCGAGCGUCUAAAUUGCUCGAACAAGAAAUAUGUCCGUAUAGUACUCAACGAUGCUGUCUAUCCUAACAACUUGAAGCCNGUAACCUCCUGCCAAAAUGGUCCCGGAAAGUCGUGCCCUCUCGAUAGCUAUGCUGCGCUCAUCGCUCAAAAGGCUAAGUCUCAGGGCAGUUUUGCUCAGACCUGUGGCCUUACCAAUUCCACUGCUGCUGCAAAGACAAACACUGCUACCUUCUUGGUUGACAACGCUCUGUCCUGGGAGUAUGUUGUCAAGCCUUAA